AUGACAGAAGAGUGUGAACAUAUAGAUUUCUCAAAGAUGAAAAAGAAAAGAAAGCCCAAGCUGAUUGCUGGCACAACAGAUUCCAUCCAGCUACAAAAUGAAAUAAAAUAUAAUGAAAUGCUCGAUCAAAUCUUUUCCAAUUUGAAAACACAUAGAGGAGGCAACUUAAAAACAAAUAGCCAAAAGAUAAUUAUUAAGGGGCCAGAAAUACAAAAGAUCGGGACAAAAAAGACUGCUAUAGUUAAUUUUCUAGAAAUUUGCGAUACGCUCAGAAGACCAUCAGAUCAUGUUUCUGAAUUUUUUUUCCAAGAAUUUGGAAAUGAAGGCAGCAUUUCCCAAAAUAUACUAAUAAUAAAAGGAAGAUAUACUGAAAGUCAAAUUGAAGUGAUCCUAAAGAAAUAUAUCACAGAAUAUGUUCUUUGCCAAAUGUGUAGAAGCAUGCAGACUAAUUUGGUUAGGGAUCCAAGCAUAAGAACGUUUAUGCUGAAAUGCGAAAAAUGUGAGUGCAUAAGAAGUGUUCAGCCUCUACACAAAUUUUACCAUCAUUCUCUCAAAGCGGAUAGAAAGAAAGCAAAGAUGGCAGAACAUUAA